AUGGCUAGACCAAGAAGAUCUGCUACAAACCCUCCUCCUGCUGAUGUGAACCAAAUGGCUCACGCCAUGGAGGACAUGGCAGCCACUGUUAGGCAGAGUCUAGAUAUGAUUCAGCAGCAGCAAGCUGCAAAUCAAGCCGCUGCUGCAGCACAGGCAGCAGCAGCUACUGCCUCAGCUGCACCUCCUCCUGAAUACCAUGGGUUGUCAGAGUUCAGGAAGAACGAUCCUCCUCAAUUCACGGGGGUAGAUGGACUAGAUGCUGCUGAACUCUGGAUCAGGGAGAUUGAGAAGAUUUUCUUAACUAUGGGUUGCACCGAGGAGAGGAAGGUGUUAUAUGCUACUUAUAUGCUGACAGGGGAUGCAGAGAUGUGGUGGCACGGAGCUUGUGCUAUGCUGGAGGCCCGAGGUGAAGUCAUCACUUGGGCUGUAUUUAGAAGUAGUUUUCUGGGAAAGUUUUUCCCUUCCCAUGUUCGUGCUGCCAAAGAGCGGGAGUUUCUAAACUUAGUGCAGGAAAACUCAUCAAUCUAUGAGUAUGCAAUACAGUUUGAGCAGCUUUACAGAUUUUAUUCUCACCCGACCUCAGAGGAGUGGAGAUGUCAGAGGUUUUCAAACGGGCUGAGAACUGACAUAAAGAGGAUUUUGAUUCCACUCAGGAUCACUAAAUUUACUGACUUGGUGGAUCAAGCCACCAUUAUAGAGAGUCUUAAUGCAGAGGAUGUUGGUGGAGUUGGGAAGGCUCCAUCUAGUAGAGCUGCUAGUAGCUAUCGUAAUGGAAGUAAGGGUGUUAAGAAGGGCCCCCACAGUCGGUCGCUACGCCAAUAA